ACAGUAUCUCUCACCAUUAAUCUCAAGCCCUAACCCUAAUUUCCAUUUUGGAGAGAUAGAGAAACAUGGAUCGGUAUCAGAGGAUAGAGAAGCCUCGGGAGGAAACGCCCAUUAACGAGAAUGAGAUUCGCAUUACCACUCAGGGCAGAAUCAGGAACUACAUUACCUACGCCACCACUCUCCUCCAGGAGAAAGGGUCCAAUGAAAUUUCUCUCAAAGCCAUGGGCAGAGCUAUCAACAAGACUGUGAUGAUCACUGAACUUAUUAAGAGGAGGGUUGCCGGCCUUCAUCAAAACACCUAUAUUGGCUCUACUGAUAUAACUGACAUGUGGGAGCCACUAGAAGAAGGCCUUCUUCCCCUGGAAACUACUCGCCAUGUUUCAGUGAUUACAGUUACUUUGUCCAAGAAGGAAUUGGACACGUCCUCUACAGGGUAUCAGGGACCUAUCCCAGCUGAUCAAGUGAAACCAUGGACUGAAUAUGAUUAUGAAGGACAGGGCCCUCCUAGUAUGCGAGGAAGAGGACGUGGUCGAGGAAGGGGUAGACGAAGAGGGAAUUUUAGUAACGGAGUGAUGGUAUACAAUGCUGAUGGCGGUUUCGAUGGUGGUCGUGGCUAUGGUGGGUUUGAUGGUGGUCGUGGCUAUGGUGGGUUUGAAGGUGGGCGUGGCUAUGGUGGCAGGGGUCAGGGUCAUGGAAGAGUCCGCGGUUAUCGUGGGCGUGUGCGAGGAUAUGGCAGUGGAAGUAUGCAACCAGAAUCCGGUGGUUAUACUGUUUAUAAUGAUUAUGGAGGUGGAGCACCUACAGGACAAGGUCGGAGAGAGCGUGGACCAGGCAGAGCAAGAGGCGGUGGCCGCGGUGUAGGUGGUAGAUUAGAUGGACCUAUCCAGAGUGCUGUGUGAACUCAGGAUUAGGUACCAAAGCUGGUUUAGGUUGCAGAAAAUUUUGGAUGCCUGCUCUGCUAUAUAUUCUAUUCUGGGGGCAAAUUGGGUUUGGGGUAGGACAUACUGGCUUCAGUGAUCUGCAAUGUGACAGCCACGUUUUUGUAGUUUGAAGCAUAGAAUUUUUUUGUUGAGAGUUUGAUUGACCAAAACUCUUAACACUGUACACAUUUUCUCCUCUAGAGAAUAAUAGGGCAGUUACAUUCAUAAA